AUGGCUAAUAACAUUUAUGGACUAUGGAGUUAUGUCGACAAAGGAUAUAACGUACCUGAAUAUAAAAUCAGCCUAAGUGAUGCUCAAAGGAAGAUACUUGUGGAAGAAAGGAUGAAGAAUGCAAAGGCAUUAUAUCUCAUACAAUAUGCGGUGAAGGAUACAAUUUUUCUUAGAAUUAUGAGGGCUAAUACAGCAAAAGAGGCAUGGGAGAUUAUGCAACAAGAGUUCCACAGAGAUAGCAAGGUGAGAAGUAUUAAAUUUCAAUCUUUAAGAAGAGAUUUCGAAAAUUUAAAGAUGAAAGAUAAUGAGUUGGUUAAAGAUUAUUUUUCAAAAAUUAUUAAGAUUGUUAAUCAAAUGAAAUCAUAUGGAGAAGAAAUUUCGAAUGAAAAAAUUGUGCAGAAAAUUUUAGUAUCAUUAAAUGACAACUUUUAUGAUAUAGUUACAAUAAUUGAAGAAACAAAAGAUUUAUCCAACUUAACUAUUGAACAACUUAUGGGAUCUUUAGAGUCCCAUGAACAAAGAAAAAAUCGUCAAAGUAAUGAUGAAUAUGUGAUGGAGACCACGCUAAUAGCAGCAAAAUUUUCACUUAUUCAAGAAGAAAUCAAGAGAAAUGGGUCCAUGAAGAAGGCCGAGGGUAAAGAUGAAGAAGAUUCACCUAAGUACAAAGGUACGGAAAAUAAAUUAUUUUGUAAAAUUUGUAAGAGGACUAACUAUGAUAGUGCAGAUUGCUACUUCAAAGGGAAAGCACAAUGUUGGAUAUGCAAAAAAUUUGGCCAUGUUAGAAAGAAUUGCAGGUUCAAGAAAGCUGAUGUGGAAAUUGCCAAUUUUGGCAAGGAUGAUACUGAAGAAAGUUUGUUUUGA